AUGGGAAUCAAGGGGUUGACGAAGCUGCUGGCGGAGCACGCGCCGAGAGCCGCGGUGCAGCGGCGGGUGGAGGACUACCGCGGCCGCGUCAUCGCCGUCGACGCCAGCCUCAGCAUCUACCAGUUCCUCAUCGUGGUUGGAAGGAAAGGAUCAGAGCUUCUGACCAAUGAUGCUGGUGAAAUCACAAGUCAUCUGCAGGGUAUGUUGAACCGGAUAGUAAGAAUGUUAGAAGCAGGGAUAAAGCCCGUAUUUGUUUUUGAUGGCGAGCCACCUGAAAUGAAGAAAAAGGAGCUUGCAAAAAGGUCCUUGAAGAGGGAUGAUGCUACCCAAGAUCUUAACAGAGCUAUGGAGAUUGGGGAUGAGGAUGCAAUUGAAAAAUUUAGUAAAAGAACUGUCAAGGUUACAAGAAAGCACAAUGAUGACUGCAAGAGGCUGUUAAGAUUGAUGGGCGUCCCUGUAGUUGAGGCACCAGGGGAGGCUGAAGCACAGUGUGCAGCACUUUGUGAAAAUCACCAGGUUUAUGCUGUAGCUUCAGAGGACAUGGACUCACUGACUUUUGGUGCCCGAAGGUUUCUUCGUCACUUAACUGACCUUGGUUAUAAGAAAUCUCCUGUGACAGAAUUUGAUGUGUCAAAGGUUUUGGAAGAACUUGGACUCACGAUGGAUCAGUUCAUUGACUUGUGUAUCCUUAGUGGAUGUGAUUACUGUGAGAAUAUUAAAGGUAUCGGGGGACAAAGAGCCUUGAAACUCAUUCGUCAGCAUGGUUGCAUAGAAGAAGUUCUGCAAAAUCUGAACCAGACGAGAUUCAGUGUUCCAGAAGACUGGCCUUACCAGGAAGUUCGGACCUUGUUUAAGGAACCUAAUGUUUGUGCAAGAAUUCCAGAUUUCACGUGGACCUCACCAGACUCAGAGGGCCUUAUGGAUUUCUUGUCAACAGAAAACAGUUUCAGUUCUGAUAGGGUAACAAAGGCAGUAGAAAAGAUAAAGGCUGCAAGGGAUAGGUAUUCCCCAGGCAGAUUGAAGCAUUUGACACCAGUUGCUAGCUUACCAGGAUCUCAUACUGAGAAGCCAGGAACCCAAAUGCAUUCUAGGUUCUCCAGGACAAAGUCUGAAGGUCAGGUCAUCUCCACAAUUCAUCGUCGACAGCUAAUGCUGGUUACCGCUACACCGGUUGACCUUUCCUUGCUGGCCUUCAAGGAUUUGAUACCUUUUGGCAAUAUCCUGAGUUCUCAGAAAGGAAAGAGGCAUCCUUGCGUUGAUGGAAAGCUACAGGCAAAUUGGCUUCUGGAUCGUUCAAAUGCUGAAUAUCAUGCCAAUAUGCUAUCAAUCAAUCUACUAAGGCAGCUGCAUAACUGUUCUGUAUGUGGAGAGCUUUGGGCUGCUAUAAGUACAGCACCAGAAGCACCGGCUCCAACACCAUUCAUCGGAGAUUCAGAAGCCUUCAACUUCAAGUCCUUGCAUUUUGAAGACAACACCAACUGCUUCAUUCUUCAGACAGCCAGUAGGGCCAUCGAAAGGGAGCAGGGCCUCAACUUCCAACAAUGUGGACGAGGGGGGCUUCGCCACCGUCGAAGGCUCCAGGAUGGUCACUUGAUCCACUCUCUCAAGAGUGCGGGCGCUGUGCACGGACGAGAUGGUGGCCAUGGCCAUGACAACAAGGAGCAGGAGGGCUAUCUUGAUGACACUUUGUAUCCCUUCAGCGCUGGCAUCAAUCUAGCUUGUCGCAAAAACAUACAAGAUUAUAUGCGGCACCAUCUGCAUAUUGAAGAAAGCCAUAUUGCAGAUAUGUGCCUGGACCUGUACAAGGAAUAUGGCACCACAAUGGCUGGCCUUAAGGCAUUAGGCUAUGAAUUUGAUAAUGAUGAGUUUCAUGCAACUGUUCAUGGUACCUUGCCAUAUCACUAUCUAAGGCCUGACCCUGUUUUGAGGACCCUCCUACUUUCAAUUCCACAGAGAAAAAUAGUAUUCACAAAUUCUGACAAAGCUCAUGCGGAGGAAUCUCUGCGCAGACUGGGUUUACAGGGUUGCUUCGAUUUUGUAAUUUGCUUUGAGACACUGAAUCCUUGCAAUGUUCUGAGCGAGUUCCAGAACAGCAUGCUGUUCCCAGAUGAAACAUCUCCCAACUUGGUUGAUCUGAAUGAAUCAGAUGGGUUCAGACCCAUAUCGCCUAUCCUUUGCAAGCCCUCCAUUGAAGCCAUGGAAGCUGUAAUUCGGAUUGCAAAUGUUGAUCCCAAGAAAACAAUAUUUUUUGACGACAGCACUCGGAACAUAGCUUCAGGAAAGGCCGCAGGCUUCCAUACUGUGAUUGUUGGCAGACCGACACUUGUUCCGGGGGCUGACCAUGCUUUGGAGAGCAUUCAUAACAUGAAGGAAGCUUUACCUGAGAUAUGGGAUGGUCAGGAUUGGUCUGAGUCUGAUGUUCUUCUUUCUUCCACUGCUGUUGAAACUGCGGUGGUUGCUUGA